GUGUGGUGAAAAAGGCCACUAUUCGAGAGAUUGUCUUGCAGAAAGAGAAACACCAGUUCCCCAUGGAGAAAAACCUACUCAACCCAACAGGACCGCAAAACGUGAAACCGAGACACACUACGGUGGAGUUAACGACGUUUAUAACGAAAGAGAAAUAUACACUAUCGAUGAUAGAUAUUUUACAGAAGAAAUGUUGAGUGAAAAAGAAGAUUCGGAAUUGUACAUUAACUCCUGGCAAGAUGCUCAAAGCCCUGCUGCGUAUUUGUCUCAUGUAGAAGAAUUACCCACUGCGUCAUUAGAUGAAGAGAAAUCUAUCGAAGAAAAAAUUGAAAAAAUGGAAGUUAGUGAGGAGUUGGAUGAUGAGCAACAAAAAGAGGCAAAAGAUUUAAUAAAGAAGGAAAAAGGAAUCUUUGUCCGAAACGUUGAAGAACUUGGACCCCACUCACUACAACCACCUCAAGACUUACUUGCAAACUCGAAGAAGAAAGAAGGGUCAUCUGUUGCACGUGAUUCAAAAACACGAAUUGGAGCUGAUAUUAUUUUUAACCCACCAGCAUCCUCUUAG